GUCAGUCUUUUAAUCUUCGUUGUCGUCUCUAGCUGUCAAAGUCAUUUUUGUUAGUUGUUUUUGUGAAAUGUUUAUGGAUUUGGAAUAUAUUUUUUUAUUUUUAAAAUAUGGAUAUUGUAACUACUAGUCUGGAAGCGUUAAUUCAGCGAGCCACAUGCAGCCAGAACCAGUCGCCGGACACUGCGGCCAUUGAUGCAUUCUGCGGCCUGGUGAGCAAGGAGCCGGACUGCGCUCAAACAGCUACUCGGUUCAUCACUGCCAAGGUCCACUCUCUCCAAGAAUGGGAAGCCCUCCAGGCGUUGCAUGUGUUGGACGCUUGUAUGAAGCGAUGUGGCAGCAGUUUCCACGCAGAGGUCGGCAAGUUUCGUUUUCUCAACGAAUUGAUCAAGCUUGUGUCGCCCAAGUAUAAUGGCGCCCACACGCCUGAACCUGUCAAGCGACGUGUGCUGGAGCUCAUGCAGUCCUGGACCAUCUACUACCCACGGGAGUUCAAGAUCAAGGAGGCGUACGAGAUGCUUAAGAAGCAAGGAGUCGUGAAGGAGGAGAUGAUGGUGAUGGAGGCCCACAAGAGCUUGGACCAGAACAUCGUACCUCCACCACCACGACAUCAGGACUCUAUCUUCCAGGACACAGAGAAGUCUCGGCUGCUGCAGAAACUGCUCCAGAGCAAGAACCCAGAUGACCUGCAAGCCGCCAACAGACUCAUCAAGACCAUGGUGAAGGAGGACGAAAGGAGAGUGGAGAUGAAGAGCAGACAGCUGAGCGAGCUAGAGGCGGCCCACAACAACGCUCGGCUGCUGAGCGAGAUGCUGGAGUCGUACAGUCAGGAGACGAGCUCUGCUCAGGACCUGGAGCUCAUUAAGGAGCUGCAAGCGAGCUGCUUACGGUUCCGACCCAAUGUGCAAAAACUGCUGUCCGAGGUUCAUAGUGAUGAGAGGCUCUUCAAUGAGGUGUUGGCAGCAAACGAUGAGCUAGGGGAGGUUCUGGAGAAGUAUGGAGUAGUGAUAGUGCAAGGUCCUGCCGGCCUCCGCGGUGGGGGGCAACCUGCUGGGACCUGA